AUGGAGCCAAACACUCCUUACAGAAGUCCGAGGCCAUCGAACAAGAUAACGAAGGGUAGAGAAAUGGUCGAUCAACAAGUCGGUGGAGAAUCCUCAAGCAAAGGCUCUCCUCUUCCCGUCAAUCCUUCUAGCAAAUGUCCAUUUGAUCAUUUGACAAACUCGCAAGCUUCUGUUGAUGUUUGUCACCCUGGAUCUGUUUACUGGGAAUCAGCUGAGGGACGAGGCUCUACACUUUUGGAAUAUUCAGACAUCGAAAUGGGGAUGGAAGUUGCGGGCCAUGGAAAUGGUGAGAGAACUGGUGGGGCUGUUGGAAGUGUUAAGCCACGAGUUCGAUUGCCGGUAAUGACACAAGGAACUAUCAAUUCCGUGGCCAUUACACAACUUCAAGAUGAGCUUGAGGAUGCUAAGAAAGAAUUAGAUAAGCAGCGAGCAAUAUCUGUACCAUCAAAGGAUGAAAUCAUUCUACCAAAGAGAAUGAAUCUGCCGCAAAUGAUGGAGAUGUUUCCAGCAGUGGGAGAUCAGAUUAAUGCUAAGAUGGACCAGAAGCUGAAUGAUGUUCGCGAAGAGUACGAGAUGAAACUCAAGAGGUUGCAAGAUGAUCAUAAUGAGGAGCUUUUAAGAAUCGGAGCAAUUGCAAGCGAGGCGGAGUCAAGAUUACUCGCAGCUGAAGAAAAGUUGAGAGGCUCGGCAGUGUUUGGUCAGAGAUCCCAACAUGAGUCGUUCGGUAAUGUCUUGCCUGGCAUUCAGAACUCUCAUGGCCCUUCAAGACACACUACCAGUGGCAGACAAGACAUUUAUCAACCUGCCCCUCUUACAAACCCUUUCCGAAAUAACAGAUUGGCAAACGGCGAUGGUCCUUCCACCCCUUUGACAACCCCUUUCCGUAACAACGAAUUGGUCAAUGGCGAUGGCUCUACUACCCCUCUUACAAAUCCUUUCAGAAACAACAGAUGGGCAAACAGCCAUGGCCAAAAGAGGGGAUACGACGAGCGUAUUCAACCUGAAUUCCGCAGAGAUGGUAAGAGAGUGAAGAGAGAGCAGUUUUAA